UGUCAGUCAUUUUUGUUUUCACUCUCGGGGUGCUGCUGUUCUGCGACGUAUGUCCGUUGCCGUUUCUGUUCGCUCUGCGCUUUGCGUUCUUCUGAGAAGCCAUUUUGUUAUUACAAAACUAUUUUAAUUGUUCUAGUUAAUUUCUCUAUUCUUUUAAAAAAGUUCGCGUUAGAUACUUUGGGUGAAUUAAAUUAUAAAGUUUGUUGAAGUUAACGUGAAUAUGGCUUGUGCUACACUAAAAAGAUCACUCGAUUUUGAACCCCCGAUGUGCAGGCCAACUAAAAGACAAAGGUGCACGCCUAUGAACAUAUCGCCAUCGAGUUCUCCUCCAAAUAGUUCCAGAUCAGAAUACGUUUCCCCACAUUUUAGUGGUGAUAUUGUACCUAAAAUUACAGCAGAAAUGUUAUCAGCUAGUUUGACUGAAGAAGUUCAAAGGAUGCGUCGUAAAAGACAGUUGAAUAUGGAAUUAUCUGAACAUCGAAACUUUGAUGAUAGUUCUUCAUCUGAUAGCUCUUCAGAAAAUACAUUUCCAUCAUCAGCUAAAGAUAAACCAUUGUUCUCAUUUCGUCAGGUUGGUAUUAUAUGUGAACGCAUGUUGAAUGAACGUGAAAGUCAAUUACGAGAAGAAUAUGAUAAAAUUUUAAAUAUGAAACUUUCAGAACAGUAUGAAGCAUUCGUGAAAUUUUCCAAUGAUCAACUACACAGACGUUUUGAAGCUGCUGAAGAUCCUAGUUAUUUAUCUUAACUGAAUAUCACAGGAGCGAAAAUUUUGAAUUUACAACAAAACUUUUAGACGCACUUGAUAGACGAAAUGAUAAUAUACAGCCUUAAGUCAACAAUCGACUGACUAACAUUUUUUUUUUGUAUUAUACAUUUUUGUAAACAAUAUUAUUUAAUAAUUAAUUUAAAAUAUAUAUAUAUAUAUAUUUAUGAAUUUCAUGAUAUUAGAAAAGAGUAAUAAGUAAUUUAAGUAAUCAUUAAGCUAAGAUUGUUUUGUUUUUUAUAAUUGCGUAACUAAACAUAUGUUGGAUAUUGGCUCAAAAAUUGUUUAAAAAGGCUAAGAUGAGUUUUCUUUGCCUAUUUGUAUAAAUAACAAAAUAUAAUACGACAAUUUUGUUUAUAUUGUAAUAAAAUUGUGUUUUAAUUCUGAAGCAGACUAUUUGGUCAUAUAAAACACUAAGUGGCUUAACACUACUUAAUUUUAGACCUUAACCAAUUAAUGGUUUAUUACGACUGAAUUUGUUAGUUUGUAAAAAUAUGUUUGAAUGUAUUAAAUAUUUAUAUAUUUAUAUUAUAUAAUAUAUAAAUAUGUUGAAAAGCUAACUAAUUUUCAUACUAAUAAGCAUUUUGGUUACGCGACUUCCAACUAAUAUAUUAAGUUUUAUGACAGCGAGAAAUUUGAAUGAGACUUGGCUAAUUUUCCUUUUAACCAUACUUUUUCACUAUCAUUUAACUGGAUCUCGCAUUUAAUUCUUAAAAUAUGAUAUUAAAUAUUACAUAAAUUUAUAUACAUACAUUUAAAUACAUUUUUUGUGACUAAGCAAUGAUUAUUUUUUCAUUAAGCCAUUAUUCUUGUCUGGAAAAAUACUUAUAUUAUUUAGUUUAUUGAACAUGUUAAUAAUUAUAUUAAAAAAACAGACUUAGUUAAAAUAUUAAUUUUAUUGUUUAUUGUGAAUAUUUUAAGUCGUACUACAUAAUAAAAAAUAAUUCUAUUAGAAAA